AUGAUUGAACAAUUUAAAAGUUUCUUGAUUGUUAAUGAUAAUCAGGAUGACUUUCACUCUGUCAGAUUGAUCAUCAUCAUCAUCAUCAUCAUUAUCAUCAUUAGGAUAAGAAUCUGAAUAGAUUAACUAAUCUUAAUUGAGCAAUUUUCGUUGAUCAAUGUUAAUGCUUUUGGGUUAACAGUAUUUUUUUUAGACUGAUUAAUAUCCGAAUCAAAUCAGUUAUUUAAUCAAAAGUAAAUUUAAUUUCUCGCAAUUAACUGUAGUCUAAAUAUUCACUUGUAAUUAAACUGACUGUCAUUUCAUUUGAAGACAUAUGAAGAGUUUGUUAAUUGUGAUCACAAUUAAGAUGCUAACAGUUGAUUGUUGAGUUUGACUCAUUUCCUCAUUUGUUGAUUUCUCGUUAGAUUGAUAAUAAUUAUCCAAAUGUAAUAGGAACUUGUUGAUAAGUUUUCCAGAUAAAUAUUCAAUUGGUUUGUUAAUCAUAUCACCAGAGCUAAAUUGUGAUUAAGUCAAUGUAGAUAAUACAUAUUUAAACAAUUAACUAAUCAGCUCAUACAAUCAAAAAGUGACUAUCAAGUGAUUCUGUCUACUGAAAAUAUUUAUCAAUUUUCAUCGUAAAUAUUUACCAAAGAUAAUCAAUCAAUAGCUCAUUUAAUUAUGAUCAUCAUCAUCAUAGUGAGAACUGAAUCAAGUAAAUUAGUUUAAUACAAUUUAAGUUUUGAUAUGAAAAAAAACCCAAAUGAUAAACCCAUAGGUACAUUGUAGUUGAACCCAAACCAGGACUGCGAUUGUGAAGCUUGGGUGACAAUUAAAAGAUAAUGAUAUUAGUUUGAUUUAAAUCAAUUGUCAACAGUAAUUAACUUUCUCACCAGGCAACAAGUUUCAACGACAAUUAAUGACAAACCUAAACAAUUAAGGUAAAUAAACAAUUGAUAGGAAAAGAUGAAAAAAAAAAUAGACACAAAUUAGAUGUGUAAACAUGAAUAGACAUUGAUGAUCAACCCAAAUGAGAUGAACAAUCAACUGAUUGUAAAUGAAACACGAAAUUUGAAAGAGUUAACUUAAUUAGAGCAAUAAUUUGAUUAGAAAAGUGAGAAAAUUUGGAAAUUACAGAGAAAAUGGAAAUAAUUUUGUUCUUUUAACCAGAAAACCCAAUCUUGUCCUCGAUCAGCUGAUGACCAGUUACCAGAAAAUGGAAACAACAAUUUUCCCUCUUAAAAAGUUGGUUCCUUUUUCCAAGUUUCUUUUUCUCUGAGUUUUCCUCUUUUCUGUCUAAUUAGUUGAUUGUUUAGUAAAUUGUAUAGAUAAAUUUUGCUGUUCUCUUGUGCUAAUUGUUGUUUAUAUCCACGGUGAAUAAUUGAUAAUUAUAACAGGAAAUUCGGGAAAGAAAAAGGAACCACAAAAAAUACGCCAACAGAAAAUGUUGUAACAUGGGAACAGGAAAAUGUUUCCUUGGAAAACGGAUGAAAAAAGUCAAAGUAGUAUCUUCUUUAAUCAUCAAACCGGAAGGAUGAAGGAUGAACAGAUCUGUGGAAAAUUCAAUUUCACCUAUGGAUUAACACCGAUCACUUUUACUAUCAAAUUUAAUCUUCGCCAUUAUAGUGAACUGGUUUUCUUUUUGCCUUUAAACCACCAAUCCAAGUGGAUAAGCCGAAAGUGUCUCUUGAUCCUUUUAUUGGGUUAACUUGUUUAUCUUCAACUUCCUCCAUCUUUCUCUCUCUCUCUGUGUCCAUCUCUCCAUUGACCACCAUUCAAUAGUGACCAUUAACCAAUAUUUACCUGUUCAUUUUUCGUUAUUUUUUAUUAAUUUUCUUCCCUUGUCCAAUGUAUUGAACUUUCCAUUAACAUCAAUGGGUAACAUUGUUUUCUCACUGGUUUCAUUCACUAUUUACUUAAUUGUUAUCCCUUUAAUUAGUAAAGAGGUCAUUACGAGUGAUGUUGUUUUUCCUAACGAUAAAGUUCAGGACGAACUUGAUCCACAUCGAUCUGAACGAUCAUUAGGAAUCCUUAGGAAAUACAUUAAAGGAAUUGUAAGAAUAGGUGAAGGUUUACCAGAACCUGGACCAGGUAAUUCGGGUCUGACCAUUCGUAUACCAACAUCAUUAGGACAAAUAUUUAAACCCGAUAGGCGAACUGGUGAAUAUGAGGAAUCUAAUAUACGGCCACCUUACAGGCCACAACCUCAUCCAACCGAAGAGAUUAGGCCAUCUUAUAGACCACCGGAUGUAAAUAAUGGAGGCUACAGACCGUCCACACCAAGGAUUCCUUAUCAACCUGUAGUGAAUCCUGGUGAUCAUGGUGAAGUUGGAGGUGGUUAUGGAUCUCAUGGGAAUAUAAUUUACUUUACAACGGAAUCUUCAUAUCAUACAACUGAUUAUCAUGGUGGAUCAGUAACGGGAAUACCUUAUGAGCCUGAUCAUCAUGUUUAUCCAACCACUCGACGACCUAAUCACGGUGGUGGUGGUCAAAGGCUAACAACAUAUCGACCACCGCAUAAUGUAAUUACAACCAGAAAACCUUCACAUAACAAUAAUAAUAAUAAUAAUGGUGGAAACUCUGGACUAGGGGAGGGUAAUGAGUGUGGUGUCCGUCGGAGUGACAUUAAAGAUCGGAUAAUCGGAGGUCGGGAAAGCGAAUCAAGUGAAUUCCCUUGGCAAGUAGCAUUGAAGGAUCGAUCUCAGGGCGUUUUCUGUGGUGGGGCAGUGAUUAAUAAACGAUGGAUCAUAACAGCAGCUCAUUGUGUUGUCAAACUUCGUGAUCUGAAUUCAAUUCGAGGAUUGGUUGGUUCUAAUCGUUUAGACGAACCCUCAGUAAAUGAGAUUCAAUUCACUAAGAUGGUAACUCAUCGAAGUUAUCGAUCGGACACUUUCGAGAAUGAUAUUGCUCUAUUACAAUCUAAAUCGGAUUUACCUUUAUUCCCGUCGACUGCAACAAUUAACACUAUUUGUUUACCCAAAGACAAAGAUACCAAUUUCUCUGGCAAGGGAACGAUAGCUGGGUGGGGUAGAACCUCUGAGGGUGGAUUCGAUACCUCGGAGACUUUAUUAGCUGCUGAUGUUGACCUGAUGGACGAUUCCAUGUGUAAGGAAUAUUAUGCCGAUAAAUUUAAAGAGGGUAAACAACUUUGCGCGGGAAUUGUCGAGGGAGGUAAAGAUUCGUGUCAGGGUGAUUCAGGUGGACCUUUGAUCAAGGAAGUCGGAAAUAAAUCUUACCUGGUGGGAAUCGUUUCUUAUGGACGAGGUUGUGGUCGCCGCCGGUCACCAGGAGUCUAUACGAAAGUUUCACAUUAUGUUCAUUGGAUUCGAGCUCAGAUUUAAUCUCUCACUCUCACUCUAACUCUCAUCCCAUCAUCACCAUCAUUAUCACCCUGAUCAUCAUGAUUAUUAGAAACAAUUAUCUAGUUAAUUUUAGUAUUUUUGCUUUUCUCCAAUCAAAAUAUUAAUAAUAGUUAAUUACAAAAUUGAUUGUAUAAAACAAAAAGGUACAAAAACCAAUUAAAUUGAAUACAACCACUUUAAAAACUAA